AUGUCAACAAUUGGGAGUUUUGAAGGAUUUCAGCCUGUGUCCCUAAAGCAAGAGGGAGAUGACCAGCCCUCCGAAACUGAUCAUCUGUCUAUGGAGGAGGAGGGCCCAGGCAAGGAUCCAGUGCCAAAGCAGAUCUCACGGCAGCCAAGUGUGACCGAAUCCACGCUUUACCCCAACCCUUUCCACCAGCCUUACGUUUCACGGAAGUACUUCGUAACACGGCCUGGGGCCAUUGAGACUGCCAUGGAAGACUUGAAAGGCCACAUAGCUGAAACUUCUGAAGAGACCAUUCAAGGCUUCUGGCUCUUGACAGAGAUAGACCACUGGAACAAUGAGAAGGAGAAGAUUUUGUUGGUCACAGACAAGACACUCUUUAUUUGCAAAUAUGACUUCAUCAUGCUCAGCUGUGUGCAGUUACAGCGGAUUCCCCUGAGUGCUAUCUACCGCAUCUGUCUGGGCAAGUUUGCCUUCCCUGGGAUAUCACUGGACAAGAGACAAGGAGAAGGCCUUAGGAUCUACUGGGGGAGUCCGGAGCAGCAAUCCCUGUUAUCUCGAUGGAACCCAUGGUCCACUGAGGUUCCUUAUGCUACCUUCACUGAGCAUCCUAUGAAAUAUACCAGCGAGAAGCUUCUGGAUAUUUGCAAGUUGUCUGGAUUCACAUCUAAGCUUGUUCCAGCCAUCCAGAAUGCCCUAAAGAAUUCUGCUGGAUCUGGAAAUGGAAAGAGACUGACAGUGUUGACUGAACCCAUUUUGAUUGAGACCUACACAGGACUAAUGUCAUUCAUUGGAAACCGCAACAAACUUGGCUAUUCCCUCGCCCGUGGGAGUAUUGGGUUUUGAGCCUCUUUUUGGUACAUAACAUCAUCCAUAGUCAUGUCAUUAUUGAGAAUUAUGCUUCAGCCACCAUAUUUUUGGACUGGAAUCAUUAAUUACUUUUAAAAGUACUACAUGGUUUUAAGUAUUUAGUAUUUCUGGAAACUUAAAAGCUUAAUUGGGGUAAUAGAUACAUACUUUAGUCCUCAUAGAAGACUAACCACACUUCUUUAAAACUGGAAAAUAAAUAACAAUGAUCCCAUCGAAUAACUAUCAAAUGCACACCUGGUCAUAAAUGUAGGGCAGACUCUCUGAAUUCUUGUUUCUCUUGUUCUUUAAAUGUAGGCAUUUUCUAGGUGUUGGCUUUCAGCCCUCAGAUCCUGAUUUAUUCUUCACUGGAGAAUUCUUGAUAUUUUAGCUACCACUUUUAUGGGGAUGACUUCCAAAUGUAUAUUCUCAUCCCCAGUAUUUAUUCCAAGGUGUAACUUUCCACUUAACAUCUGCCAGCCACCUACACAUCAGUGAUCCCAUGGCUGCACCCACUCAGCAUUUACAGGAUUCUAGAUUUCUCUGUGAAAUUUUUGUGACCCCAGUCAUCCAUUCCUGAAAACCAUCAGUUUUUAUUUCUGUGUAUUCCUUGCCAAACAUACCCCAUAUAGCCAUGUCUGUAUGUGGCUUAGCAUUGCAUCCCAAUGUCUAGAAGUUAAAUUCAGGGUUAUUCUUUCAAAAUUGUUCAUAUACUCCUUUUCCUUUUCAUAUAUUAUUAGAUCAGUUUUCUUUUUUUUUUUUUUUGAGAGAUUUUUUGCUAUAGGGCAGCAAAUACAGCAUAACCAUAUAAAAAUGAGAAAGGCCUGGAGAAAGCCUAAGCAAUACACACAAGGGAGAGUUUAAACAAUUAAGGCAAAAUACGUAUUAAGAAAAAA